UAACAGCCCUCACGUCUUCUUCCUGUUAACUGCCCGCUGCCUAACAGAAUGGGGCUGUUUAUUUCGCAAGUUGGAUGUCAACCAGAUAAAAAUAUUGCCCGUUUAAUUACUUGCGGUGGAAAGCCCGCUGACAUAGUUGCUCUCUGCGCCGCACGCAGCUGCCUUUCUGCACGCAGCUGCCUUUGCCUUUACCGCUGAUCUCCUACAAUCUCGAUGUUCUUGCUUUUCCAUCCGUUCGCUCAUUUAACUCUCUCGGCCAUUGUUUUUUCCCCUUUCUUCCGCUGCACCUGUGCGACAGAUCUAUGCCGCCGGCGGAGGAGCUUGGGCCUCUGGCCGCCCCAGCGAGGCUCUCGUUUGCAGAGGCGUUAAGGAACUCCUACCAUGGCCAUCGAUUGCACUCCCAAAAGUGCUCUUUCUUCUAUUUUGACUCUGUGGGGUUCCCGGUCAUAUCCUACACCUUCAAUGGAGAUUCAACUGUCUUUUUCUCCGACGAUGAUAUCCAGGUUUACUCCUCCACUUAUAUGCUCGUUAAUAUGCCUAAUAAUUUUGCCCCAAUUCUGUUCUUGAUAAGGUUACCCCCAAUUCUGAUGAUAACAAUCUGAAUCCUAAUGUUGUUUUAGCCAUUGAUGAACCAGUGCUUAUCCUCUGCGCUGAUACUUCUGAUACUUCGGCCCCGACUGAUUCUAUUAAAAAAGAUGGAACUGUCCCUUCCAGUUCUGAUUUCUCUGCCGAGCUUGUUAAUAUGCCUGCUAUUGUUGCCCCGUUUACUUCUGUUCCUGCUGAGGUAGAGUGUACUUCUGGUAGCAAUACCAGAAAUGUUUGCACUGCCCCUGGAGCAGAAAUCAUCACCUCUUUUGACUUUGAAAGCCCCAUUCUUAAUGGUCCAACUGAUUAUGUUUCUAUAGAAACAGUGCCUACAGAUUGUGUUUCUGAUAAAGCUGAUAGAAAUGGCCUUAUUGAUUGUGGUUCCGCCGAAGUUGAAGCCUAUGAUGAAGCCUUAGUGAAUGCCUUUGCAAAUGCAUUAUCUGCAGGUCCUGGUCCUAAAGUUGAUACAAUUGAGUCAAUAAUUGGAAAUGAAGAACCUCGUUCUGAUCCGUCUAUUGAAACUGACACGGCUUAUACUACACUUGAUCAUCCCCUGUCCUAUGAUGCUACUAUGAUGAUACUCAGUCAGAGGACCCCCCGGUUAUCACUAAGAACCAAUUUCCUAUUGUUGUUUUUCACCGGAUUAUCCGAUUAAUCUGCUACUAUGUUUCUUUUUACUGUUACUUUAGCUAUCUGAGUUUCAAUGUUAGUUUGUUUCAGUUUUUUUGGCAUUCUAAGAUUAAUUGCAUUCUGGCCGAAAGGAAUUUUGUUCACAAAUGAAGUUUAGAAUACCCAACGUAAAUUUGAACUUCUUUACUUUAUCCUUUUGUUAUUUAUUUUUUAAAAUAGAUUUACUAAUUGUGUGUUUUCUCAUCUGCUACAGCCCUCAAAGGAUAUGUGCCAAGACUCCAGGAAUGGAUCCUAAUCACACUUCAUGGACUGAAACACUUUGAUAGGGAAGAUGGUUUGUCUUUUGCUAAACACACUUCAUUUACCGUCCCUUUUGUAAACUUUUAGCAUACCUUGUUCAAUAUUAUUUAUUGUUCUUCAAAAUAGAAGACUGAAUUGGUAUAGUGUUCAGAAGUUUUCUUUAUUUUCUACAAAUGAAAAUAAUUUCUUAGGAAAAAGGUCUUCUUUAAAGCUUCACAUUGUCUUGUUUAAGCUCAAAGGUUUGCUUAUUAUAAGCUUUUAAGCUUCACUUCUUCCUAUUCUUUCAUCUGUUCAAUUUCUUUAUCUUAUUUCUCUUUUAAUUGUUGAGGUUCAAUGUUUUGUAAUAGUGUACUACUGCUGAAUUAAAACCUCACUCACUUCUUAAAGUUAAGUUUUUCCUUUCAAACAUUUUUUCUAAUAGGUUAUGGAUUUUUUUGUUCUAGACUUGUGAUUUAUCUCCAAGGCUUGUAUUCCAAUUCUAGAAUGAUCAUUUGUUUAACACUUUUUAGUUAGUUUGUAGACCACUGCAUUUUUUAUACUGCAUUUUUUAUUUUAGGAUAUGCUUUCUCAUAACUUUCACUUAUUUUUUGUUCAAGCAAGUCUGUUGAUGAACAUUGAUUCCGCAUUUUGUUUUAAUCUCCUGAUUUUAGCUUCUGGCAUUUUGUUGAUGAACCAGUGUUGAUACUUCUGAUACUUAUGCCCCAACUGAUCCUUUUAAAAAGGAUGAAACUGGCCCUUCCAGUUCUGAUUUCUCUGCCCAGAUUGUUAAUAUGUCUGCUAUUGGUGCCCCGUUUAUUUCUGUUCCUGCUGAGGUAGAGUGUACUUCUGGUAGCAAUGCCAGAAAUGUUUGCACUGCCCCUAGAGCAGAAAUCAUCACCUCUUUUGACUUUGAAAGCCCCAUUCUUAAUGUUCCAACUGAUUAUGUUUCUGUAGAAACAGUGCCUGCAGAUUGUGUUUAUGAUAAAACUGAUAGAAAUGGACUUAUUGAUUGUGUUUCCGCCGAAGUUGAUACCUUGAAAAAUAAUGCAAUUGUAACCUAUGAUGAAGCCUAAGUGAAUGCCUUUGCAAAUGCAUUAUCUGGGAGUAUUCUUGUUGCAAGUUUAUUCCUGUUGCGAGUUAAUGAUCAUCUAAUUUGACAUUACAGUUUUCCCUAAGAAUAACAUUUUUACUCAUUGUUUCUUUUGAUUCCCUUUGCCUAUAUUUUGGUGGGUUUGUCAGGUUUUAUGUCUUCUAACUUCAAUUAUAUGGUUUUAGUGCAAUACAAAAUUGUAUCUUAGUGUUUAUUGUGUACCUUCCUUGUAUUGUUGAUUAUUAGUAAGUUUUUUUCAUUUUUAUCAAUUAUUGUUUCCCAAUAUGUAAUGAUGUGCGCCUUUACGUGUUCAUCUAUGUGUUCAACUUUUUCUUGAGCUUUUACGUCCUUUUAAUUAAGCGGGUAUUUAUCUUUAUUGCCUUAAUUGAGGGUUUUUUCCAACAUUGUGUGUUUUUACGCAGCCUUAAAAUCAUUUUCAAAAAGCUUUUUUAAACACCUUAUUAUUCUUGCCAGUAAUCUUUAUGAGACCUUCUAUAUCCAGGGUAGAAGGCGACAACCCACCUCUUGUUGAAUUGCUUGAGUUUUUUUUUAUCCAGCUGUGCAAAGAGCAGUUGCAGGCGUCUUGAUGACACUGGCAUUCAAAAAUGAUGAGAAUAAGAAUCAGGUUUGGAAUUUUGUAUAUUUUUUUGCUAAGGAUACAUGUGAAUUGAUUAUGGAUAUUUUUUGCAUUUGAUAGUUUAAGAGAUAGAAGUCGUGGUGCUAAUGAUAACGAUUCAGAUCAUUGGGGAAAGAAAGUAGAGGCGGGAAUGGGAAUGCUACUUCAACAAAACCCAAGGGCGGGUCUAAUCUUUUCGGGGAAACUAGGCCCAGGGAAGAGGUGUUAAAGGAUAAGGGGUAGGGCUGGAAGGUGAUUGACCAAAAGCUGGGGUCUUUAAAGGUUACCGAAGUUGCUGAUUCUUCUUGAUCCAGGAAGAAUAGCUUUGGGAGCAGCAGUUGACGUUUCUACUCUCGUGAGGGAAAAAUUGAGAAGAGUUGGAGGAGAUGGUGCUCGGCCUUCCAGUUUUCUCCCCCGCAUUGGGCCUGACCCACGCGUGAUCUUUUGUCCAAAAUAUUUCCAGUGAACUCACCUGAAAUAACUUCGGGCCUGCUCGCUUAAAUUGAGUUCAGUCUUUGCCCGCACUGAUGGAACAAAUGCUUGCUUUUACGAUGUAACAGUGUUGGAACAAUGCUUGCUUUUAUGUUUCUUACUUACUUCAGCUGUCCCUUUCGCAUAUUAAUUUUGCAUUCCUUUCGUUCCCAAAUUUUGUACCUCCCAUUGGGCAUGACAACCGCGCAACGCGCGGGUCGCCGCUAGUGAUAAAAAAGAAUGCAAAUAGUGCAAACGCUAAAGAAGACGCGUAAUAGCCAUUAUCACAUAAAGCCUC